AUGGCUCUCUUCAGAGAUUAUGUGCCGAUCGCCUUCACCAAAGAUGGAGCCCAAGCGCGUUCCAUCUUGAGCUCCCGGUGGAAUCAGCUGAUGGUGGAGGUGAAAGAGUGCAUGGCUGCUGGGAUUGGGCUGGAAUCUAAAAUUGAUGGUCUUGCUCAGGUAUGCUGGAACCGUCUCAACUUCAAUAUCAAUUCUGACAGACCUUUCCAGGCCCUCCACACUACUUGCAACUACUAUUCCUUGACAGCUGUAGUGCAAGGUAUACAAGCGAGCGGCUUACAAACAGAAUGCUCGCGCAAGUACGGCAAGCUUAUCGACCCCACUGGUGGCUAUCAAGCUUAUCGCAGCGGCAUGGGCGGGAGCCAUGCGUUGCAUUUUCUUUUACCUGCAUUGUCCGCAUUGCGCGGAAAGAUUUGA